GCCAGUGCAGUCUUAAGACCUCCGGUUAGGGUUUAUCUUUCCUCUCUCUAAAACUGAGAUUUUACCACUUUCUCCCACUAGAAAAUGACUAAAUUCAGAAAGCUAAAUCGACCCACUGGUCACCGUAUGUCCAUGCUCAGAACUAUGGUGUCCCAGUUGAUUAAACACGAAAGGAUUGAAACCACUGUUGCAAAGGCGAAAGAGAUUCGACGUCUUGCUGAUAAUAUGGUACAGCUUGGGAAAGAGGGUUCCCUUUGUGCCGCAAGGCGUGCCGCUGCAUUUGUUAGAGGGGAUGAUGUCAUUCACAAGCUAUUUUCUGAAUUGGCUUACCGUUACAAGGACAGAGCAGGUGGUUACACAAGGAUGCUUCGAACUCGCAUAAGAGUUGGUGAUGCUGCACCAAUGGCCUACAUUGAGUUUAUCGAUAGAGAAAAUGAGCUUAGACAGUCCAAACCGCCAACCCCUCAACCACAACAGAGAGCUCCUUUGGAUCCCUGGACAAGAUCACGGCUUACCAGGCAGUUUGCACCCCCUAAAGAAGAAAAGAGCUCUGAUCCUGAGAUAUGAUACAGAAAUCAUUAUUCUCUGGUUGCAGCAUUGUGCGUCCGCUAAUCUGUUUGCAUGCAGUACUUCCUCAUGCUGUGCAUUUAAAAGCUUGAUACCUGCAUAAUAUGAAUGCAGCACCAUUAUGCCCCACUACUUGUUGCCCCUAUUUUUGUGAGAGCAUAGAUUAAAAAAAAAAAAAAAAAAAGUCCCAAUAUGGGUCAGAAUGAUUGUUCUUUUCUUGCUAUUGCAGAAGGGUGGUUUUUGCUGUACAAAUUGAAGGGUUAAUUGUAGAAGGUCCCAAUAUGAAUCAGAAUAAUGUCAUCGUUCAAGAAUUUAGAGUUGGAUAAUUUGAUUCAGUUGAACUA